AUUUCCCUGUCAGAGAUGGGGAAACUGAGGGUGAAAUACGCACUGAUACGGGAAUGCAUGGCAGAGUUCAUUGGGACCUUUGUCUUAAUGAUGUUUGGCUGUUCGGCAGCAGCACAGGUCAAGACCAGCAGAGAGACCAGAGGCCAGUUCCUCUCAGUUAACAUGGCCUUCUCUGUUGGGGUGAUGUCAGCAAUGUACCUCACCAUGGGCAUCACUGGGGCUCAUCUUAAUCCUGCUGUGAGCCUGAGUUUUUGUGUGUUGCGCAAGGUUUCCUGGACCCGGCUGCUUCCCUACUCUCUCUCCCAGGUGAUGGGUGCCUAUGUGGCAUCUUGCCUUGUCUUUUUGGUCUACUAUGACGCCAUAAUGGAAUUUAGUGGAGGUGAGUUAACUGUUUACGGACCCAACGAGACGGCGUCCAUCUUUGCCACAUACCCCUCAGAAUAUAUCUCUCUCGGCAGAAGUUUCCUUGAUCAGGUCGUCGGGACAGCCAUGCUGUUGCUAUGUAUUCUGGGUCUGGGGGAGGAGAGGAACACACCGGCGCCCCCAGGCCUGAUCCCCCCCAUCGUGGCGACGAUAGUCCUCGGUAUAGCCAUGUCAAUGUCAGCUAAUUGUGGAGGUGCAAUAAAUCCUGCGCGAGACCUGGGACCACGCCUCUUCACACUAACAGCAGGCUGGGGCGGAGAGGUCUUCACGUGUUACAAUUACUGGUUCUGGGUGCCGCUGGUGGCUCCCAUGAUAGGAGCUGUCUUGGGGACUCUGACGUAUAAGGUCUUCAUUGAAUGGCAGCUCCCUGACCCGGACCUCCCCUCGGACCUGCCCAUCCCUCCCAUCCCCACCAACAUCAUCAUCAUCGUCUGGCUGUGGAAUGUUCCUCCGCUUGCAAAGGUUGUGUAGAAUGGCACAUACAGUGAUUACUGUGCUUGCCCUCUCUGGGGUGAGGCGUAUUUCGCCGUGGAGGACAUGAAACCGACGUUUCAUCUGCCCAAUUCCUCUCUCCACAACAUUUCGUGUAUGUUUGUGUGGUCGCAAAGAGC